AUGUUCGGUGACAGCCCUCGCAUCCCAACGCUCUCCUCACAUCCCAACGCUCUCCUCACAUCCCAACGCUCUCCUCACAUCCCAACGCUCUCCUCACAUCCCAACGCUCUUCUCACAUCCCAACGCUCUCCUCACAUCCCAACGCUCUCCUCACAUCCCAACGCUCUCCUCACAUCCCAACGCUCUCCUCACAUCCCAACGCUCUUCUCACAUCCCAACGCUCUCCUCACAUCCCAACGCUCUCCUCACAUCCCAACGCUCUUCUCACAUCCCAACGCUCCCCUCACAUCCCAACGCUCUCCUCACAUCCCAACGCUCUCCUCACAUCCCAACGCUCUCCUCACAUCCCAACGCUCCCCUCACAUCCCAACGCUCCCCUCACAUCCCAACGCUCUCCUCACAUCCCAACGCUCUCCUCACAUCCCAACGCUCUCCUCACAUCCCAACGCUCUCCUCACAUCCCAACGCUCUUCUCACAUCCCAACGCUCUCCUCACAUCCCAACGCUCUUCUCACAUCUCAAAGCUUACCUCACAUCCCAUGGCUCAAGUCACAUCCCAUCCCAUAUCUCUUCCUGCUUCUCACCGGUCCAGUGAGCCUGCCUUUCCCUCCACACCCGGCCCAGUUUCUCCCCAUACUAUUACCAAUCUGCCCCAGGUUAUUCCUCACUGAGCACCUGUUCCCCCAGAACACUUAA